UCAGCUGGUUCCCGCUUAUGGCUCUUCUUCAGACAACAUGAGAGAAGAAGAUGUGAAGCGCCUUGUCGAGGACGGUGUACAUGACAAAGGUACUCAAGUUUACAUGCAAGCUGUCUAAUUAAUUGUAUUAGUCUUGAGAUUUUUCGUUAUGAAACUUUCAGGCAUACAACUUGGCUCCAAGAUUGAAGGGAUCAUCGAUGGGAAGUUUGAUAAGGGCUAUCUUGUGACCAUAAAGAUGGGAUCACAGGAGCUCACAGGAGUGCUUUACCACUCUGCUCCUCCCGAAACUCCUCGAAGACGCAAGAAGAAAGCAAAACUGUCUCAUGUGUAUUCUUUGCGCCCUAAGUUCCCCAGAAGCGGCUAUAACUUCUUCUUCUCCGAGGAGUACAAGAGGCUUAAGGCUGCGUACGCUGGGCAGGAACAUUACCUAACCAAGGAGAUCGGGAACAAUUGGAGGAACCUCUCUCCAUCUGAUAGAGAGGGUUUUCAAGAAAAGGGGGCUGAGGAUAUAGAGAGGUACAAGAGAGAGAUGGCUGUGUACAAAUCCUUCGUUGAUUCUUUUGCUGCGGGAAGUGUUGCUGCGACUGAUAAUGCUGUGGCUAAGGCUGAAGCUGCGGAUGAAGCUGAGGAUGAGGCCGAGGCGGGUCUCUAGUUUGUCUUAUCUGCUUGCAACUUUCUUAUUUUUCAGCAUUUUAUAAUUUAAUAAUAAGUUGUAGAGUUGGCCAGAGAUUUACAUGCAUGUAAUAUUUGCCAACUUUUACAUAAGUUGUUGUCUUUCCUUUGUUCUUGUUUUCUCUGUUUUGCAACUUCUGGUGUGUCUCUCUCUGUUUUUCGGUUUCCCUUCGAGAACUUUUAAUUUAAUCUUAAGU